UGCGCGAAGUUCGCUCUUCUGUUUUCAUUCGAUUGGAGGUGAGAUACCCUUUUUCAGUGAGAAUGGAAUAAUCGCUCGAGAUCUCAGCAAUCCGAAAUGGAACAAGCUGGGGAAGGUGGGGAACCUCCAACUCCAGCAGUAAUGACUGCAGAUCUUGGGAAAGUUGUGAAAUACAUUCGCAGUGUCUCCGCUGGAAUACUUGAUGAUGACCCGUCAGGCUCACCUGAACUGGACAAGGCCUUGCAAGACCCGGCAAAUGUCGAGUUUAUCAAGAAGUUCAUCUCAGACCCUCAGACACGCUCUAUGCUAGUUUAUAGAAAUGUCCCCAAGGAAGAAGAAGGAGAUUCUGAAGAUGGUGCUGGUAGCACACAGACUGUCGCGGCUGAGUAUAAAGUUGAGCUCACCGUACAGUUCUUCUCCUCAAAAAUCGUCUCUGUAGGCUUUAUAAAAAGAGGCCCAGUUUUAGAGGCUGACAAGAAGAUUGGCACACAAGUGAGAGUCUUGAAUUUCGAAUGCGGUUCUCCGUUUGAGACCCUGCAUUCGUAUGUAAGCAAUGCCGUGGCUCCGUUUUUCAAGUCCUAUGUGAAGAAGUCUGGAAAAUCAGACAGGGAAGGCGACAAAAUGAUGCCAAUGGUCGAAAAAAAGAUUGCAGAGUUAGAAAUGGGUUUGUUACACCUUCAGCAGAACAUUGACAUUCCAGAGAUCACACUGACCUUCCACCCUUUCGUUGUUGCUGUCGUGAAAAAGUGCAAUGGAGAGGGGAGGAAACCAACUCCAGAAGAUUUUGCAGAUAAAGUUGAUGAUUCAACGUUUUUGAAUGCUUUGCAACAUGGAGUAAACAGAUGGAUAAGGGAAAUUCAGAAGGUAACAAAACUAGACAGAGAUUACUCAUCAGGAACUGCUUUGCAAGAAAUAAGCUUUUGGUUGAAUCUUGAGAAAGCUCUGCAGAGAAUUCAAGAGAAAAGGGACAGUCAAGAAGUCACAUUGACAUUGGACAUAUUGAAAUACGCCAAAAGAUUUCAUGCAACCGUCAGCUUUGAUAGUGAUACAGGGUUGAAGCAAGCAUUGACAACUGUAAAUGACUAUAACCCUUUGAUGAAAGAUUUCCCAUUAGAAGAGCUGCUUUCUGCCACUGAGUUGAGUCGUAUCAAAAUAGCUCUCAUGAGCAUAUUUGCUCAUAUGAGAAAAAUAAGGAGUACAAGAUAUCCAGUGCAAAGAGCUUUGAGACUAGUGGAAGCCAUAUCACGAGAUCUCAGUUCGCAGUUCUUAAAGGUUGUUGGGACAAGGAAACUCAUGCUUAUUAAUUAUGAAGAAUUUGAAAAGGUAAUGGCAAGCUGCUUUGAUGUUUUUGGCACAUGGGAUGAUGAGUAUGAAAAGCUUCAAUCACUGCUUCGUGAUAUUGCAAAAAAGAAGAGGGAUGAGAGCAUGAAGAUGGCCUGGAGGAUUAACCCAAGCCAUAAGAAAUUGCAGGAUAGAUUGAAUCAAAUGAGAGUGUUUCGCCGUCAACAUGAGCAACUUAGAGCUGUGAUCAUGCGUGUGCUACGGCCUGCUCCAUCAGACUCUGGAGCUGGGAGUUCUGCUAGUGAGAACAGGAAGUCUAAAGAUGAAGAGGCUAUGAUUGACAUGGCUGAUGCUAAUGCUGUCAAUGAAGUUGAUAUGGCAUAUGACAACAUGAAAGAAGUUGAUGGACUUGACGUUAGCAAAGAAGGUACAGAGGUAUGGGAGGCUUCUCUGAAGAGAUAUGAUGAAAAGAUUGACCGUGUGGAGACAAGGAUCACAUCAAGAUUGCGUGACCAACUUGGAACAGCAAAGAAUGCCAAUGAAAUGUUCAGAAUAUUUUCAAGAUUCAAUGCAUUGUUUGUAAGACCAAGGAUAAGAGGAGCCAUAAGAGAGUAUCAAACACAGUUGAUUCAGAGAGUGAAGGAUGACAUUGAAACACUCCAUGACAAGUUCAAGGUUCAGUUUCCACACAGCAAAGCUUGCCGAAUGAGCAAAGUGAGGGAUCUCCCUCCCAUCUCUGGUUCCAUCAUCUGGGCCAGACAGAUUGAAAGACAAUUGAAGGCAUAUUUGCGUCGUGUUGAAGAUGUAUUGGGCAAGGAUUGGGAAAACCAUGUCGAGGGACAAAGACUCAAGGCUGAUGGAGACAGUUUCAGGCAGAAACUGAGCACACAAGAGCUUUUUGAUGACUGGGCGCAACAGGUUCAGCAAAGAAAUCUCGGUGUUGUUGGAAGAAUAUUUGCCAUUGACACCGUUCGCACACGUGGAGGUGGGCCAAGAGCCACCCAGCUGAAAUUGAAAGUUAACUUCCAGCCUGAUGUUAUCACACUAGCUAAAGAGGUGCGAAACUGCAAGUGGCUUGGCUUCAGGGUUCCACUGGCAAUUGUGAGACAGGCUAACGAUGCCAACCAGUACUACCCCUUUGCCAUAUCAUUGAUUGAAAGCGUGCGCACAUAUGACAUGACAAAUGACAAGGUGACAGAAAAAAUUUCCAUUUCACCACUGGUUGCUGGAAUCAAGAAGGACAUUCAGAAUCUUAUCAACGAGGGAAGUGGUCUUGACUGGCAAUCAUACAAGUUGAUGCCCUACGUGCUGCGUCUGUCAGAAGCUGUGACAAAUUAUCAGGAAAAGGUAGACGAGUUGAUUGCUAGCAUCGAAAAGAUUGAUAUUGAAGUCAGAUCUUUGGAAACUUGUGCUUACAACCGGGAAACAUUCAAUGAAGUUCUUGGAAAAAUACAAAAAGCUGUGGAUGAUUUGAAUUUGCAUUCAUACUCGAACUUGAGCUCCUGGGUGAAAAGUCUUGAUGAAGAGGUUGAGAAAAGGCUUGUUUGCAGAUUGCAAUCAGGAAUCAAAGCCUGGAUCCAGUGUCUCAAAGGCGAUAUUAUUGAUUUCAUUGAUGACUCAGAUAUAGGAGCACAUCGUGCUGGCGGGAAACCUGAAAUCAAGACAUUGCGGCAUGAGUUCCGAAUUCAAAAUCAAGUGAUUCACAUGCAUCCGCCCGUUGAAAAAACGAGAGAGCAUUUGUAUAACGAGUUGUCAAGCUGGUGUGGAAUCAUCACUCAGCUGUCCCGAAUCCAGAGCCAAAGAUACCAGGUUGGCAUAGAACGAGGCGAUAGUGAAGGAGAGUCGACGUAUCAUAAGCUGUUGACCCAAAUCACAGACAGCACAGGGACCAUUACUGAAGCGUAUGGCACUAUUCAGGAGCUGGUCAAGGAUGUUGAAGACUAUUCACAAACUUGGCUAAAUUACCAAGCACUUUGGGAUAUGGAAAUGUCAGUAAUUGUUGACAGAAUGGACAGCCUUGAAAGCUGGAUGAACCUCCUAAAUCAGAUCAGAGAGUCUCGAGUAACAUUUGACACGUCAGAUACAAAGAAAACGUUUGGACCGAUCGUUAUUGACUACACCGCCGUGCAGUCUAAAGUAAAUUUGAAGUAUGACAACAUUCAGAAAAGUGUUCUCACCCAAUUUGGAAGUCAUCUUGGAGACAACAUGAACGAUUUCUACACUGGUAUUGCAAAGGCACGUGAAGAUCUGGAACAGCAGUCGCUUGAAGUUGCAUCAACAGCAGAAGCAGUUAGUUUUAUCACAGACGUACAAGCAUUGAAAAGGAAAAUUAAGAACUGGGAAAGGCAAGUCGAGACGUACAGAGAUGGGCAAAAGAUAUUGGAGAGACAGAGAUUCCAAUUUCCAUCCAACUGGCUGUACGCUGACAAUGUUGAUGGUGAAUGGGGUGCCUUCAACGAGAUUCUCAAAAGGAAGGAUGCAUCGAUCCAGACGCAGGUUGCAUCUCUACAGAUGAAAAUAGUUUCAGAAGAUCAGAUUGUCGAGACCCGAACAUCAGAUUUGCUGUCAGAGUGGGAAAAAGGCAAACCUAUUGCUGGGACUACAAAGCCAGAUUCAGCAUUGAGUUCUCUCGCAAUUUACGAGGGAAAAUUUUCAAGAUUGAAAGAAGACAGGGACAACGUUGCAAAGGCGAAAGAAGCCCUUGAGCUUGUUGAUCCUGGAACCGUUGCACCUAGUGAUGAAAGGGUAGUCGUCGCUUUGGAGGAGCUCCAAGACCUGAAAAGUGUGUGGGUUGAGUUAUCAAAGAUCUGGGAACAAUUGGAUAGCCAAAAGGAUCAGCCAUGGCUGUCUAUCCAGCCGAGAAAGCUAAGACAGUUCCUUGAUGGUAUUGCCACACAAAUGAAGAACCUCCCCAGCCGUAUGCGCCAGUACGCUGCCUAUGAGCAUCUGCAGAAGACAAUCAAAAGCCACCAAAAGGUGAAUAUGUUGAUUGUUGAAUUGAAAUCGGAAGCGUUGAAAGAGAGGCACUGGAAACAGCUGAUGAGGAGAUUGAGAGUCAACUGGGUCAUUUCUGACUUGUCAUUGGGUCAGAUCUGGGACGCUGACCUGCAGAAGAACGAAGCGAUUGUGAGAGACAUCAUCAAUGUAGCACAAGGGGAAAUGGCUUUGGAGGAGUUUCUCAAGCAGGUCCGAGAAGCAUGGCAGAGCUAUGAGCUUGAGCUCACAAACUACCAGAACAAGUGCAAACUGAUCAAGGGUUGGGACGAUCUCUUUGAAAAAGUUAGAGAGCAUAUCAACAGUGUAUCGGCUAUGAAGCUCUCCCCAUACUACAAGGUUUUUGAAGAGGAUGCAGUCCAAUGGGAGGACAAGUUAAAUCGCAUCCUCACUUUGUUUGAUGUUUGGAUUGAUGUGCAGAGGCGAUGGGUGUAUCUUGAUGGAAUAUUCUCAGGAAGUGGUGACAUCCAGCAUUUGCUUCCAAUUGAAACUCAAAGAUUUCAAAGCAUUAGCACUGAAUUCCUCGCACUUAUGAAGAAAGUCGCCAAAUCUCCUUUGGUGAUGGAUGUAUUGAACAUUCCUGCCGUCCAGAGAUCAUUGGAAAGACUUGCCGAUUUGUUAGGGAAAAUUCAGAAGGCACUGGGCGAAUACCUUGAGAGAGAAAGAGCGUCUUUCCCCAGAUUCUACUUUGUGGGCGAUGAAGAUCUUUUGGAGAUCAUUGGGAACAGCAAAAACGUUGGUAGACUGCAAAAGCAUUUCAAAAAGAUGUUUGCUGGGAUCACGUCAAUUAUUCUUGAGGAGGAGAAAUCAUUGAUAACCGGAAUUUGCAGUAAGGAAGGAGAAGAGGUUAUGUUCAUGAAACCUGUGAACUUGAUUGAGAACCCGAAGAUAAACGAGUGGCUCACCAUGGUGGAGGAGCAAAUGCGACUCACGCUGGCUUGCCUUUUGGCAAAAUCCGUCAAAGACAUUCAAGAAUUCAAUUCAACAAACAUAGAUCCGAAAGCCUAUUUGCAAUGGGUCGACUCGUACCAGGCCCAGCUCGUCGUUCUGUCUGCACAAGUGGUCUGGUCUGAGAGCUGCGAUAAUGCCUUGCAACAGAUCGAGAAGACUGAGUCGGCUGAUAUGGCACCGCUUGAGAAUGUGCUAAAGAUCGUUGAAGCCACUUUGAAUGUUCUUGCUGACUCAGUUUUGCAAGAGCAACCGCCAGUGAGGAGGAGGAAGUUGGAACACCUCAUAACAGAGCUUGUACAUCAGCGAGAUGUGUCCCGUUUGUUGAUCAGCUGCAAAGUGUCAAACCCACGGGCAUUUGAUUGGCUUUGCCAGAUGCGUUUCUACUACGACCCGAAACAGAAGGACGUGCUCCAGCAACUGUCUAUCAAAAUGGCGGACGCUUGCUUCAAUUACGGGUUCGAAUAUCUGGGUGUUCAGGACAAACUUGUCCAAACACCUCUUACAGAUCGGUGCUACUUGACCAUGACGCAGGCUUUGGAAGCAAGACUCGGAGGCUCUCCUUUUGGUCCUGCGGGAACAGGAAAGACAGAAUCAGUCAAAGCCUUGGGUAACCAGCUUGGCAGAUUCGUGCUUGUCUUCAACUGUGACGAAACUUUUGAUUUUCAGGCAAUGGGACGAAUCUUUGUUGGUUUGUGCCAAGUUGGAGCCUGGGGCUGUUUCGACGAGUUUAACCGCCUUGAAGAAAGAAUUCUAUCCGCUGUGUCACAACAGGUUCAAACCAUCCAGCAGGCUUUGAAGGAGUUCAGUGCAGAGGAAGGCCCAAUCCAAAUCGAGCUGAUCGGAAAAGACGUGAAAGUUAACAGGGACAUGGCAAUCUUCAUAACAAUGAACCCUGGGUACGCUGGAAGGUCAAACCUGCCAGACAACCUGAAGAAGCUGUUCCGUAGUUUAGCAAUGACCAAGCCUGACCGCCAGCUUAUUGCCCAAGUUAUGCUGUAUUCUCAAGGUUUCAGGACAGCUGAAAAGCUUGCCAACAAAAUCGUCCCGUUCUUCAGGCUUUGCGAUGAGCAGUUAUCGUCUCAGUCGCAUUAUGACUUUGGCCUGCGUGCGCUGAAGAGUGUGUUGAUCAGCGCUGGCAAUGUGAAAAGAGAUCGAAUCGCAUCCAUCAAGGAGGCCUUGACAAGCAAAGGAGAAACAGCAGACGAAAGUGCGAUUUCGGAGCAGCUCAAUGAACAAGAGAUUCUGAUCCAGAGUGUGUGUGAGACAAUGGUUCCAAAGCUCGUUGCGGAGGACAUCCCGUUGCUUCACAGCCUUUUGACAGACGUCUUCCCAGGUGUAGAAUACACGAGUGCUGAGAUGCGUGCCUUGAAAUCCGAAUUAAGAAAGGUCUGUGCUGAACACCAUUACGUGUUUGGUGAAGGCGAGGAGCUCGGAGCACAGUGGGUAGAAAAAAUACUCCAACUGUAUCAAAUAUCAUGUAUUCACCAUGGUUUAAUGAUGGUCGGUCCCAGUGGAAGUGGAAAAUCGUCAGCAUGGAGAGUUCUCUUGAAAGCACUUGAAAGGUUGGAAGGAGGCGAGGGCGUCUGUCACGUGAUAAAUCCAAAGGCCAUCUCAAAAGAAGCAUUGUACGGUGUGUUGGAUCCAAAUACAAGAGAAUGGAGUGAUGGGCUGUUCACACACGUGCUCAGGAAGAUUAUCGACAAUGUGCGAGGAGAGCUGGGGAAGAGACAGUGGAUCAUAUUUGACGGUGAUGUCGAUCCAGAAUGGGUUGAAAAUCUAAACAGUGUCCUUGAUGACAACAAACUAUUGACGUUACCAAAUGGAGAGCGUUUGAGCAUCCCACCCAAUGUGCGUAUCAUGUUUGAAGUCCAAGAUCUGAAAUACGCUACCCUUGCAACAGUCAGUCGCUGCGGAAUGGUUUGGUUUAGCGAAGACGUCGUCACACCAGAGAUGAACAUCGAGCAAUACUUGAGCACGCUGAGGUCUAUUCCAUUAGAAGAAUCUGAAGAAGACGUCAGGUCUCGUUUCUCAAAAGCACAGGUUGGAGGUGGUGAUUCAGAAGAGAAAGCUUUGUCACCAGUGAUGCAGGUUCAGCGUGACUUUGCCGAUAUUUUGGCUCCAUAUCUGACAUCAGAUGGACUUGUCUUGAAGUGUCUGCAACAUGCUGCUAAACUAGACCACGUGAUGGACUUCACCAAAAUGCGGGCUCUCAACUCGUUGUUCUCCAUGUUGAACCAAGGAGCAAGAAACGUACUGACAUACAAUCAGCAGCAUCCUGACUUUCCCAUGACGAGAGACCAAAUAGAAUCAUAUGUGCCAAAAUAUCUGGUUUACAGUUUGCUGUGGUGCAUGACUGGCGACGGCAAAUUGAAAGACAGAGAAGAUAUGGGCACAUACAUCCAGAAGAUAACCACUAUUCCAUUGCCACCAUUGUCGUCAAUGCCAAUCAUUGAUUUCGAAGUUACAACUCAAGGUGAAUGGGUGCCGUGGCAGAACAAAGUGCCACAAAUUGAAGUCGAGACGCACAGAGUUGCAUCGCCAGAUGUUGUUGUUCCUACACUUGAUACAGUAAGGCACGAGUCGCUUUUGUACACCUGGUUAGCCGAGCACAAACCUCUUGUCCUCUGUGGACCACCUGGUAGUGGAAAAACCAUGACGCUCUUUUCAGCUCUUCGUGCCCUGCCUGAUAUGGAAGUUGUUGGUUUGAACUUCUCAAGUGCAACAACGCCAGAACUGAUAUUAAAAACAUUUGAUCAUUACUGCGAAUACAGACGAACGCCAAAUGGAAUUGUGCUAGCACCCAUCCAGCUUGGGAAAUGGCUAGUCUUGUUCUGUGACGAAAUCAACUUGCCAGACAUGGACAAAUACGGAACCCAGCGUGUCAUCUCAUUCAUCCGCCAACUCGUUCAGCACAAUGGCUUCCAUCGCACAAGUGACCAGCAAUGGGUUUCACUGGAGAGAAUCCAAUUCGUAGGAGCUUGCAAUCCGCCUACCGAUCCGGGAAGAAAGCCACUUACCCACAGGUUUUUGCGCCACGUUCCAGUCAUUUAUGUAGACUACCCUGGCCCAACUUCACUGACACAGAUUUAUGGGACAUUCAACAGAGCCAUGCUUAGGGUUGUACCAACACUCAGAGCCUUUGCCCAACCUUUGACAGAUGCCAUGGUUGAGUUCUAUACGAUGUCCCAGGGAAGAUUCACCCAAGACAUGCAGCCCCAUUACAUCUACAGCCCUCGAGAAAUGACUCGAUGGGUCCGUGGAAUAUUUGAAGCACUGAAGCCGCUAGAGACUUUAGCAACGGAAGGGCUCGUUAGAAUUUGGGCGCACGAAGGGCUGCGACUGUUCCAAGACAGAUUGGUGUAUGACGAGGAAAGAAAGUGGACUGAUUCAAACAUCGACAUGGUUGCUUUGAAGCAUUUCCCUAACAUUGAUCGCCAAACUGCACUUGGUCGUCCAAUCCUUUACAGUAACUGGCUUUCAAAAGAUUAUAUUCCUGUCGAUCGAGAGGAACUGAGAGAAUUCACAAGAGCAAGACUCAAGGUUUUUUACGAAGAAGAGCUCGAUGUUCCGUUGGUUCUAUUUGACGAAGUUCUUGACCACGUGCUUCGAAUUGACAGAAUCUUCCGACAGCCACAGGGCCAUUUGCUUUUGAUUGGAGUGAGCGGGGCUGGCAAGACAACGUUGUCUCGUUUUGUGGCGUGGAUGAAUGGGUUAUCCGUGGUACAGGUCAAGGUCCACAGGAAGUACACUGGUGCCGACUUUGACGAAGAUUUGAGAACAGUGCUUCGCCGAUCUGGUUGUAGAAAUGAGAAGAUAGCCUUUAUUCUGGACGAAGGUAACAUCCUAGAGUCUUCUUUCCUUGAAAGAAUGAAUACGCUAUUAGCAAACGGGGAGGUACCUGGCUUGUUCGAAGGUGACGAAUUCACGACACUGAUGACCCAAUGCAAAGAAGGAGCUCAGAAGGAAGGGCUUAUGCUUGAUUCUGGAGAAGAGCUUUACAAAUGGUUUACUGUUCAGGUGAUUAAAAACCUCCAUGUUGUGUUCACCAUGAACCCGUCAUCUGAAGGGCUGAAAAGCCGCGCAGCAACCUCCCCCGCGUUGUUCAACCGAUGCGUGUUGAACUGGUUGGGUGAUUGGUCGACUGGAGCUCUUUACCAAGUUGGCUCAGAAUUCACCAACAAAUUAGACUUAGAAAAGAGCACGUACGAGCCCCCGGAUUUUAUUCCAAAAGUAUACGAAAACUUGCCGAUGCCGCCAACAUACAGGGAUGCUAUUGUCAAUGCCAUGGUGUUUGUCCAUCAGACCUUGCAUCAAGCCAACGCAAAAGUCUCAAAACGAGGUGGAAGAACAAUGGCUGUCACACCGAGACACUAUCUUGACUUCAUUAACCACUAUGUGCAAUUAUUCAACGAGAAAAGAUCUGAUCUGGAAGAACAGCAGCUGCAUUUGAAUGUUGGGUUGAACAAAAUCAGGGAAACUGUUGAACAGGUAGAAGAGCUGCAAAAGAGUUUAUCUCUGAAGAGCCAAGAACUUGAAGCUAAAAAUGCGCUUGCAAACCAGAAGCUCAAGCAAAUGGUAAAAGAUCAGCAAGAAGCUGAAAAGAAGAAAGUUACAUCAACGGAAAUUCAGACUGCAUUGAACGAGCAAACCCGAAACAUCGAAGAAAAGCAAGCUAGUGUCAUGACCGAGUUGUCCCAAGUCGAACCAGCUGUCCAAGAUGCAAAAAUGGCUGUAAAGGGUAUCAAGAAACAGCAUCUCGUUGAAGUCAGGACAAUGGGAAAUCCCCCGCCUGUGAUUAAACUUGCUUUGGAGUCAAUAUGCCUGCUUCUGGGGCAACCUGUAGCAGACUGGAAAGAAAUUCGUCAGAUUUUGAUGAAAGACACGUUUAUAUCAAGCAUCGUCAAUUUUGACACUGAAGACAUAACGGAAGACAUUCGCAAACAGAUGAGAAAACUUUACCUCAGUGAUCCGAACUAUACAUUCGAGAAAGUUAAUCGUGCAAGCUUGGCUUGUGGUCCUCUAGUUAAAUGGGCCAUUGCUCAGAUCAGUUAUGCUGAAAUGUUGAGAAAAGUUGAGCCACUUCGCAACGAGCUUGACUCCGUCGGCAAAGAGAAGGACAUCAACCAAGCGAAGUUAACGGAUGUGGCAAAUAUGAUUGCUGAACUGGAGAAGAGCAUUGCCCGAUACAAAGAGGAGUAUGCUGUUCUUAUCAGUGAAGCACAAGCUAUCAAGGCAGACCUUGCUGCAGUUGAGGCGAAGGUAUCCAGAAGUACAGCACUGCUGCGUAGCUUAGGCAACGAAAGGCAGCGAUGGGAAUCAACGAGUUUGGCCUUCCAGACUCAGAUGGGAACGAUAGCCGGAGACGUCCUUCUCUGUUCUGCAUUCCUGGCUUAUGGAGGUUACUUCGAUCAGCAACUCAGACAAAGUUUAUGGUCGGCAUGGAGCUCACAUCUUGAAAAAGCCGCCAUUUUGUUCAAACAUGAUCUUGCACGCACCGAGUAUUUAUCAACCGCAGAUGAGAGAUUGGAAUGGCAGGCGAAUUCUCUGCCUUCGGAUGACCUUUGCAUUGAAAACGCAAUCAUGCUGAAGAGAUAUAACAGAUACCCGCUGAUUAUUGAUCCAUCUGGCCAAGCUACCCAGUUCGUAAUGAAUGAAUACAGAUCCAAGAAAAUCACAAGGACCAGCUUUCUCGAUGAUGCGUUCCGGAAGAAUUUGGAGAGUUCCCUCAGGUUUGGAAAUCCACUUCUUGUGCAGGAUGUUGAGAGCUAUGAUCCCAUCUUGAACCCCGUCCUCAAUAAGGAACUGCGCAGGACAGGUGGGCGUGUCCUCAUUACCAUUGGUGACCAAGACAUCGAUCUUUCGCCGGCAUUCACAAUAUUUUUAUCAACAAGAGACCCCACUGUUGAAUUUGCACCAGACCUGUGUUCCCGUGUCACCUUUGUCAACUUCACAGUGACGAGGGGAAGUUUGCAGAGUCAGUGCUUGAAUGAAGUAUUAAAAGCUGAAAGACCCGAAGUAGACGCAAAGAGGUCUGAUCUACUCAAAUUGCAAGGUGAAUUCCAUUUACGUUUACGGCAUCUGGAGAAGGAGUUACUCCAAGCACUGAACGAUGCUAAAGGAAGAAUCCUAGACGAUGACAAGAUCAUCGGUUCGCUGGAAACGCUAAAGAAAGAAGCUGCCGAAGUGACAAAGAAAGUCGAAGAGACAGAUUUGAUUAUGGCUGAAGUCGAGAGCGUGUCUGAGCAAUAUCGUCCACUGUCAGCUGCAUGUAGCAGCAUCUACUUUACACUUGAGUCGUUGAAUAUGAUCCACUUUCUGUAUCAGUAUUCGCUGAAAUUCUUCUUGGACAUUUUCCAAUCUGUGCUCUAUGAAAAUCCACACCUGAAGGACGUUAGAGAUCCCAUUUCCAGGCUAAAGAUAUUAACAGAAGAUCUGUUCCAGAUCGUGUACAAUCGGGUGGCACGUGGCAUGCUACAUGAUGACAGAAUUACAUUCGCAGUUUUGCUGUGUCGAAUCAGAAUGAGAGGCUGGACGGGAGAACCUCAGUAUGAUGCUGAAUUUGACCAUCUAUUACGUGGAAAGGAGGCUGUAAUUGGUGGAAGCACAAAGCGGCUGUUCCCAGAAUUCACUUCGUCACAGAAUGAUGCUUUGGUUCAGCUCUUAAAACUCGAACCUUUCGCCAAGCUGGCCGACUUCAUUGGUGCAAAUAAGCCCGGUUUUGUAAGCUGGGUUCAGUCCCAGAAUGCUGCCGAGAAUGUUCCAGUCUGUUGGAAUGUGCCCCAGCCUCUUUCUCCAAUCGGUGUUGCAUUGUACGAAAUGAUCCUUUUGCACGCGUUCAGACCAGACAAUCUUAUUAAUUCAACCCAAAAGUUUGUUGCCGCCGUCAUGGGAGAGAGCUACACGCAUGAAGCUGAGCAGGAGCUUGACCUGGCCUAUGUUGUUGAGCACGAAGUCAAAGCCAACACUCCAGUGCUUCUUUGCUCUGUUCCUGGUUAUGAUGCAAGUGGGAGGGUUGACGAUCUUGUUGCACUGACCAACAAGCCGUGCACUUCUAUUGCCAUAGGUUCUGCUGAGGGAUUCAGUCAAGCAGAGAAGGCAAUCAACUCAUCUGUCAAGUCCGGACGAUGGGUAUUGCUGAAAAACGUACAUCUUGCGCCGAGUUGGCUGGUGACUGUUGAGAAGAAGUUGCAUACACUGACACCCCAUCCUUCGUUCCGAUUGUUCAUGACCAUGGAAAUUACGCCCAAGGUCCCAGUCAAUCUCCUGCGAGCGUCCAGGGCUUUCGUCUACGAGCCUCCACCUGGUAUCAAAGCAAACAUAUUACGGACCUUUAGUACCAUCCCGUCUGCAAGAAUGUGCAGUGCGCCUGGCGAGAGGGCAAGAAUGUAUUUCCUGCUGGCCUGGUUUCACGCCAUUGUUCAAGAGCGCCUUAGAUACGCUCCCCUCGGCUGGUCAAAAGUUUAUGAGUUCAGUGAGUCUGACCUGAGAAUGGCUUGUGACACACUCGAUGCAUGGAUUGACUCUAUAAGCCAGGGUCGUUCAAAUAUCAGACCAGAGAAACUACCUUGGGAUGCUAUUCGUACAUUGCUUGGCCAGUCUAUCUAUGGUGGAAGAAUUGACAACGAUUUUGACCAGCGACUUCUGCAAUCAUUCGUAAGCAGAAUUUUUACUGCAAAAAGCUUUGAAUCCGACUUCCCACUUGUUAUCGACGUUGACGGGCAGAAAGGAAAAAAUGUCAAAGUUCCUGAUGGCAUUAGGCGAGAGCAGUUCCUGCAAUGGGCGGAGGGAUUGCCAGACUACCAAAGUCCAUCUUGGCUUGGUCUCCCUAACAACGCAGAAAAAGUCAUUCUCACCACCCUUGGCGACCAGAUGCUGGUCAAGAUUCUCAAAAUGCAAAUGAUGAGUGAGGAAGACGAGCUGGCCUACACCCCUGAAAUCAGUGGAAAGAAGGAAGCUCAAGAAGGAGAUGUUAGACCAAGCUGGAUGAAAACAUUGGCCACGUCAGUCAAAAACUGGCUAUCUUUCUUGCCUGAGAAACUCUCCCCAAUGAAGAGAACACUGGAAAACAUUAAAGAUCCGCUCUUCCGAUUUUUUGAACGUGAGGUGAAUGCAGGAGCAAGGUUACUGCAUGAUAUCUUGGUUGACUUGCAUGACAUUGUACUGGUUUGUACUGGAUCAAAGAAGCAAACAAAUCAUCUCCGAACAUUGAUGGAGGCAUUGGUCAAAGGCGUGAUCCCAAAACACUGGAACCGGUACACAAUUCCAAACGAUCUGACCGUCAUUAGAUGGAUUGCCGACUUUGCAGAAAGAGUCAAACAGUUGCAAACAAUCUCUCAAGCCGCAAACAGUGGAGGAGCUAAAGAGCUUAAGAAUGUGACCGUAUGGCUCGGUGGCUUGUUUAUCCCCGAGGCCUACAUCACUGCCACACGACAAUUCGUUGCACAGGCAAACCAUUGGUCGCUCGAGGAGCUCAAACUUCAGGUCACUAUUGCUGAGAGAAAUGCAGGGACUUUGAAACUAGAUGAUUGCAGCUUCAUCAUAAAAGGACUGAAACUGCAAGGAGCUGAGUGUGCCAAGAACAAACUCUCUCUGUGCAACACGAUCACCACAGACCUUCCGGAUACAUGCCUGACUUGGAAGCAUAUCGUUCCGGGCGAGACUGUGGACGAAACGAAUGUUGUUCAGUUGCCUGUGUACUUAAACCAAACACGUGUCGAACUUCUGUUCACAGUGGAUAUUACGACAACAGGAGAGGUGCCUUCAAGGUCAUUCUAUGAGCGUGGUGUAGCAUUUUUGUCUUCUUUCCUGACUGGAUGAUCCAAUAGACAGUUUUUGAGACUAUACUCUUAUUCUUUCGAUUAAAAUAUUUUGAAGCUUUCUUACUGAUGCAUUGAGCUGAAGUAAACAAGCAUCUGUAGUUGGCUUAUUUCCCCUAUGGAAACAGCCUUUCGUUACUGGGUGUGGCAUAUCAGCAAUCAUUCCAGCAAACCAUUCAUCACAACUAAAAAAUCUGCAGUUCGUUUCAAGGUUUGAUAGUUGACAGGACAAAACAUAUGGUAUUAAAUUUUUAACCAUCAUGAAAUAGAAGGAAAUUCAACAGCGUGAAAAGGGUUGGUGGUAAUGUUGAUUUCUGCCUGCUUUUAACCUUGAUGUUUGCAGUGAAAAUAAAUUAUUUUGGCAGAUAUGAGUUUUGUAUUCAAUAACCCAACUUCCAGUACGCCAAUUUGAUUUUUGCUCAAGUUGGAGUUACUGCUGAAAUGCCCAUUCUCCUUUAGGCCAACCUUGAUAAUGUUACUCUAGCAUAACAAUGUGUCUCAAAAUCAACCGUUUCUUUUUUGAAUUAAAAUUCUAUUUUGGUCGAAGAAUUGUCAAACUUUCUGACUUUUUAACUAUACAUCGUUUGAUAAAGGUUCUUAAAUCAGGGGAAUAAUUAAAGAAUUAUUUCUCGAAAAGCAGAAAAGUAUUAACAAUAUUGGGCUCUACGGGAAGCUUUGAAGUCAUGAAAGAGUAAAGUCCUCCGUAAAAAAGCAGUGACUGAAAUGCACCGAAGCUGUGUGCUGCCAGCAAACUAUUUUCCUGUGUCUUAAAAGAAGUUUUAUGGCUUUUAACUAUUUUAGGAAUAAAAAACGAAAAGUCUUUCGUUUCUUGAAAGUCUAGAACCAGUCUAGACCUUUGAAAAGCGACAAAUAUUGGUAGUCAACCAAAUGUCUAGAGAUUUGAAAGUUUUAUAAACCAAUUGCACUUUGUUUCAUAAAAGCUGACAAGGCCUUCAACAGGUACUCUUGUAAGUUUGUUAUGCACUGUGAUGAGGUUUUCGUAGAAAUAGGCCUAUGUAUUGAAAGCGAGCGAUGUGGUUGUGGUUACGGUCGUGUUAUCAUGCAGUCACUGGUACAUGCCUUCGCUGCAAGGUUACCUCAAGACGGCGUCAAUAUACAGCGCGUCCAUUGAGCGCAACAAUGAGAUUUUCGAUAAGAGUAUCGAGCCUCGUCAUUUCGUAUGAAUAAGUCAUUUGAGCUCACCACAAUGUCAUUUCGACCACUUUCUUUUCAAGUGCUCUCUGAUUGUCAUUCACUUUUGGCGAUUUUAUGCCUUCCAAAACAUCGCUUGUUAUAUAAACGCCGGGUAGGUAGGCGGUAAUGAUGAACGUUGCGUUGAUUCAAGACAAAGGCGCUUAUUUUCAGCAAAGUUAGAGUGAUUUGUUAUCAGCAUUGUUCAAGAACUCGUUUGUUUAAAUAACGCGUUUCCUUCACUUCAUAUUGCAUGUUUAUUCUUCGCGUACCGUUCUGCGUCCAAGGGUGAUACGCAAAACUUCAUUCACCUGAGAAUAUCACUUCUUGAUUAGUAGACAGGAGGAGUGGUGAUGACGUCACCGUUUUGUUUUGACUACAUCCCCAUUUUAAUACGGUUUUAAGCUGCUGUUUUUGAAAUGAACGAAGAAGAAAAGUCCUUCGUGUGUGAUUAUUCACUGUGAUCUGAUCAUUAAUUCGAAAUUCUAUGAAGAUUUCAACUGCCCUUCUUUCAAACAAGAUCUCUUUGACCUGCCUCGUUAAUCCCGCUAAACACGGUCAACGUCUUACUGUAGUGGCUAGGCCAGUUUUUCAUAGGCCUUAAUGGGAUCUGCACCUAAUUAAUUCGUCCGUUUCUAACUCGCUGCUCGCAUGGCGUGCGAAUGCGAGCCUAGCCGAGAUGAUGAGGAGCACACGAAACGAAGCUCGUUAAGUUAUUAUUAAUAAUAGC